AUGGAGAUGUCUCUGCCUAAGUAUGACUAUGAAGAGCCUCGUCCUUCAAGGGUGCCACUAAUCAACUUAGCCGCGAGAUUGGUGACCUUUGCCUCUCUCGCAAUUACAAUGGUGGUCUUGCAAACUAACCGUGCUACGGUCACAACUAUAAAGGGUGACAAGUUCAGGCUUACUUACGGCAACUAUUUUCAUACCUACAAGUACAUGUUUUAUGUGUCGACAGUAGGAAUCGUCUACACUGCCUUGCAAGUUCCAUUUGCUGCGUUCUAUGUAAUAGUGAAAAGACGAGUUUUCAACAGUGAUACCUUACUCCGGAUAGAAUUCUACUGCGACAAGUUCGUGACAUUGCUACUAGGAGCAGGAGUUGGUGCAGCAUUUGGUGCCACAAGAGACCUGAAGGAGUACACACUCAAUAAAGAAUCCAGCUCCAUGCACUACUUUGACAUGAACUUCAUUGCAGCUACUUUUAUUCUUCUUGGAUGCUUGGGUUCAACAAUUUCUUCAAUUUUUUCGUCAUGGGCUUUCCCAAAGGGUGAAUAA